GUGGCCUGCGUCCGCAGCGGAGGCGGGAGGCUGGUGUUCCUCGGAAACCACCUCUGAGGAGCUGUCGAAGAACCCAAACCCGCCUGGUAUUAACGGUCUCUCCCCGCUCAUGAGGGCCGAGGAGUGCUUCCCUCCAGCUCCCCUCAGGAGAAAUCUGGUUUCAACCAGACCGAAGCAGAAAAAGUCUUCGCCUUCCACCCUCCUCAGCCCCUGCUGGACUACAAACCCCAGAAGGCGCCGGCAGUGGUCUGCGCAGCAACAGAAACAACCAGCGGUAAAAGGGCCACCUAUACAACGUGAGGCAUCUUGGAUCAUGAGGAAGGAAGAAGGAAGAAGAAGGAAGCCAGUGCUAAGGAUUUUGGAGUAAAAAGAGAAGAGACUGGGUACUCUGUGAUGCCAAGAUGUCACCAAACCAGCACUCAGGCAGUCCACCUCCAGAGUUUUUUAUGUGAAAGAAAAUCUUUAUUCUCUUUCACCCGGGGCAAAUUCUGUCAAACAUAAUUUCUACCAAAUAAUGCAGACACCCAUUCCAAAUUUUCAACGCUCCCUGCAGUCUUAUUCCUGCCCUCCACUGAAAAAAUCAAGGUCAUCAGAUGCUAAGGCACUAAAAUCCCUGCCUUCAGGACUUCAUGUCCCUCCUAUCCCGGGACAUGAACUCCUCUUCGGAAAACAGCGCUCACGGUGAGGGCGGUACCGCCAGGCCGUUUUUCUACGUGCACGCGGUGGGCCCUCCGCCGUACCCGAGCCCCUGGUACCAGAAUCUCCCCGCUAAUCCGUGCUGUGUUCCGGGGGCAGGUUUCAGAAACGGAAGUCUGUAUUUUUCAUAUUCGGUGGUACUCCGUGAGUAUCAUGGCUUCCUCAUCCCUCAGUCCCCGUUGCCCACUGCACUUAACCAAAAGACCUGUGUUGUGUAACACAGCACAGUUCUGUCAGUGUAGUGGCUAUGGAAAGAAAACAAAUACGAAAGAGACUCAGACUGAACCUCAUCAGGCUGAAAACAUGACGCAGAAACAAGACACCCACUCAGAAGGUGAUAGGGUGACCAGUAUCCUGACUUCUAAUAUUGACAGAAAAACUGGCAAAACUCCUAAAGCAACAGAUAGGGUUUUGUCUUCUGUUGUCCAGAAGAAGGAGCCACAUCCUGAGAGCCCUUCUCAUAACAUCGUGUAUAGGAUAUCACCUCAAGAACACUAUGUACCUGAGAAGGCAAAAAUGAGGCCAGAACAGAGCAAAGGAUGCCCUAUAAUACAGUUCUGGAAGACUUUGAAGGAAACUAUCCAUUUGUAUAACCUAACUUAUGUAAGGCCUUGCCAGAGAACCUGGUAUAGCAUAGUGGGAUUUCACAGAGUCCUUGUGAAAGUAGAAGUGAGCUCUGUAACCGUCAUGAGGGUGCAGACAGCAUCACAUGUAAAGAUGAAGAAAGCACUAUCUGGUCAGAACAGUGUCAUGAUGUAAAACAUGAUGAGGUGGUAAAGUCAGGCUCCAUCAGGGACAUGAACUUGGGAAAAGAAAAAGGCUGUGCAGCUGUUUUCCAAUUCCUGUCCUCUCCAGGUGAAGCAAAAGACAGAGAUGAAAUCCAGGAUACACUAAACUCCAGUCUGUGCCAGUCUUCUGGAGAUGGCAAUCAGCUCCAGCAGGAAAGGCCAUUCUGCUCCAGCAAUAAGGCCGUUGAGGACCUGAGCCUACAGUCCAGAUCCCAGAGUCCCAUUAGCUUUGGGGAGAGCAUGCCAGACGAUGGCAGUGGGGACCAUGGUUUCCCUGUGAAAGUGGAUGAAGGUGAAGUGGUAGAGAUGCACAGCUGCCCUCAGAGUUAUGUCCCUCCCCCUACCUCUCUGGCCCAGUUCAGCCAAGUCAGUGAAGGCAUUCAGUGUGAUACGAGCCAGUGGCAGGAUGCAGAACACGAACAAUCUCCUGAGCCAUCACCAGAAAGCAGAAAGACCUCAGAGGAAGGGGCAGUCAGGUGUGGGGAAUUGGAUGAGGUGGUGGUGAGGGACGGCUUCCCCAAGUAUGUUCCUAACCCCGCCUGGUUGGCCCAGAUGAACAAGGGAGUAGAUGCGGGGAUUCAGUGUGAUGACAGCUGGUGGCAGGAUGCAGAGCUGGAGAAAUCCCCUGACCAAAUGCCUUCCAAAGAUGAGGAGUCCUCACCAGCCUGCAAAACUGAGGGCUCACAGAGAAAGACCAUCAGGACUGGGGAACUGAACACAGAUGAAGAAAUGACCAGGAAGGAUGAGACUGAGGAGGAGGAGCACGAGAACUUCAAGAAGUGUGCAGAUAUUCAAAAGUCUGUGACCGGCAGGAAGCAGACCUCCCUGAGCAACUUCUCAAGUGGGAACACAGGCUAUUUAGUGAAGAAAAAUGCUGCCUCGAGCACUGUACUUCCCGAGGAUUCAGAAGACUGUGACUUCGAAGAGGAAGUUGAAGGUGAAAUGGAGGAGCUAGACUGCCUCUUUGCAGAAGUUAGUCCACUGGGCCCUGUGGCCUCUUCAAAAGGACAGAUUUAUCACAAAGCUGGCAGGAUCAUCAGCAUGCCACCCUAGUGCUGUCUCCCUUCCCAACUUCUUGUGUGGCCCACCAGAAAUAAGAACAGGUUAAAGCAUGGAGAAUAUGAGAGCAUCCCUGUAGUGUGCAAAGUGACGGGACAGGAUGGCCGGUUCCGAGGGGAAUGUACGACGGCCAUGCAGGAGGGGUUGGAGUCCAAGAGAGCCUCUCAUAAGUCCUGGGAACGUAAGUGACUAAUGGGCUCAUCCUAUUUGGUGUCUCUGCUGGUUCCAUACUGGGUCCUGGAUGCAAAGGCAGCCAUAGAUCAUAGUUUCAAAAUGGAGAAACACUAUUGUUCUUUUUUUUUUUUUUUUAAAGAUCUUAUUUAUUCAUGAGAGAGAGGCAGAGACACAGGCAGAGGGAGGAGGAGGCUCCCCAAGGAGAGCCUGAUGUGGGACUUGAUCCAAGGACUCUGGGAGCAUGCCCUGAGCCAAAGGCAGGCACACAACCACUGAGCCACCCAGGUGCUACUGAAAGAAUGUUUAAAGCAACUGUAGAUGCCCAUGUUUGUAGGAUUGGCAGAGAUCCCAAGUUUUAGGUCUUGUGUUCUAGGAAUCGUAAUUUGAAACAGAGCUAUAGGAGAUGAUGCAGACCUGGGUGGUGGGAAAGGACAGGAGGUAGAGAGAGAAAAGAGUGAUGGACAUAGAUCUAGGUGGAGUUGCUAAGAACGGGCAGUCCCAUGUAGAGGUGGUGAAUUUUGAUAAAAAUUUGGGGGCUGUUCUUUGGAGUGAGAAUGGAGACAAUAGCAUGAGCUCAAAUGGACAGCCAGGUCACGUCAAGUAUGUUCCAGGGAUUGAGCCUGAGAACAGCCAUCCAGGGGCGAGAACUGUGAUGAAUUGGGAAAGUGGUGCUAAAAUAGUAGAUAUUUUGGGGCACCUGGGUGGCUCAGUGGUUGAGCAUCCGCUUUUGACUCAGGGCGUGAUCCUGGAGUACUGGGAUCAAGUCCCACAUCAGGCUCCCUGUAGGGACUCUGCUUCUCCCUCUCCCUGUGUCUCUCUCUCUCUCUCAUGAAUAAAUACAAUCUUUAAAAAAAUCUUAAAAAAAAAUAGAUAUUUUCCUUUUUAGAUUUUGUCCUGUAGGUAAUUAGGAAGGGCCAAAAGCAAAUUGAACAGAGAAAGGACAGGAAGAAAUGUGCUCUAUGCAUCAUCACCUGGCGGGACUGUGUAGGAGGAAUUUGAAGUGUAGCUGUAUGGCUGAAACUUCUAUAUAAAGUUAGUUUAGUUGAACAUUGGAUAUAAAGUGAUCAGGAUCCUAACUCUCAUGGGAGUUAAAAUAUCUACAUCUCAGAGAAUCCAUCAAUAAAAUUGAUUUUUUUUUUAAGAUUUAAAAAAAAAUUAUUUAUUCAUGAGACACACAGAGAGAGAGAGGGGCAGAGACACAGGCA